AAGACAGCCAGGAAGAAAAAAACGUUGCAUUCAAAUUAGAACGGAGAGUCGACUGCUGAAGAGCUUUUUUUUUUUUUUUUUUUUUUAGAUUUUUUUGUGGUUUUAAGCCUAAUUCACCUUAAAGAAUCUCAAAACCAGCCACAAGGGAAAGAUUAGUGAGUUUUUGUAAUGGAAAGCGGUAGCCUCUAGGGCCCGGAGGAUAUGCAGGGAGGCAUUUUCUCUUGCUGGUGCAGCCGAGAGCGAGCGAGAGAGAGCGAGACCUGGAAAUGAAAGUAAAGAGAUCAGGAGGCACAUGGAGGGAGCUGCAGGGGCAGCCGAUCCAGAAGCAGAAUGCUGCCUUCUAUAAUUAAAUAACACUUACUAUUAUUAUUACUUCUAGUAAUAAUACAUUAAUAAUACCUCUAGUAAUACAAUACCAUUUAUCAAGGAAAGUUUAUACAUAGUGUAAGGGGGAAACCCCGAGGAGAGCAACUAUAAUGGAGAGGCAGAAGAGAAAACAAGAAAUAGAGAAAGGACUGCAGUUCAUUCAGUCUACAUUACCCCUAAGUCAAGAAGAUUAUGAGGCCUUUUUGCAGAAGCUGGUGAGAAACUUGUUUGCAGAGGGCAAUGAUUUGUUCCGAGAGAAGGAUUUCAAGCUUUCCCUGGUUCAGUACGUAGAGGGGCUGAACGUGGCGGAUUAUGCAGCCUCCGACGAGGUGACCAUCCCAAAGGAUCUCCUCUGCAAGCUCCAUGUCAACCGAGCUGCCUGCUACUUUGCCAUGGGGUUGUAUGAGAAAGCACUGGAAGACAGCGAGAAGGCUUUAAGUCUGGACAAGGAGAACAUCCGAGCGCUAUUCCGGAAAGCCCGUUCCUUAAAUGAACUUGGGAGACACAAAGAAGCCUAUGAGUGCAACAGCCGAUGCUUGCUGUCCCUCCCACAUGAUGAAAGCGUCACACAGCUGGGACAGGAGCUUGCCCAGAAGCUGGGACUGAGGGUUCGAAAAGCAUACAAAAGACCUCAGCAGGAAUUGGAAACAUUCUCACUGCUCAGUAAUGGCACGUCAAUCAAUUCAUCAAACCAGACUACUUCCAAUGGAUUUGGCUCAAUAGAUGACAUUGAAACAGACUGCUCUAUGGACCUGCAGUGCCUCCCAGCUCCUGUGGCCACCUCCAUCCCUGUGAGCGAGGGUCUGGCCCCUUUGCCCUCUGACUCAGAUGCAAAGGGUUUGCCCACCUCGCUUCCUGCUGCCAGCUUGCUCCCGUCUCCAGACUGUGUGCCCUUGCCAGGGCCUGAGAACACGGAGGACUUCACAGAUGGGGACAUCAUUGGGGAAGAAAUAGACUCCCUCCUGGAUUCCCUUGCUGAAGGGUCACCAUAUCCUCUGUCUCUGGUCCAGGGCACCAUUCCUACCAACCUGCCAACAGAGAUGCCCCAGCUGAUUCCUGUGUUCCCGGGGGGAACUCCGCUGCUGCCUCCAGUCGUGACAGCCAGCAUCCCUGUCUCCACCCCUCUGCCACCUGCCUCCUUUGGCCUGGUGAUGGAUCCCACCAAGCAGCUCUCCUCCUCCUCCGUCCUGGAUGCCUUCGAGGCCCCACCAGGAGGAAGUGGUGGCUCCACUUUAGAUUCCCUGGAUUCCCUGGAUCUGCUUCCAUACACAGAUACACGGCUUGAUGCCCUGGACUCCUUUGGGACAAGCAGGGGAUCGCUGGAUACCUUGGAUUCCUUUCCCAUUGAAGAAACUAGCUCUCAGGAACUGCGACACCCACCUGGCAGCCAAAAACCAGCCCCAGUGGUGAGUGAGCUACUGCCCCGUGCUGAGGUCCCAGAGUGCUCUGGAGCCAAGGUCAGCCUUGGUGGAGUGAGUCACCCACCUGUGCCCAAGGCCACCGAGCACAUGCUGUCCCAGCCAGAACCAGUAAUGCCCAACACAGCUCUGCUGGUGAAGAACCCUCUGGCAUCUACUCACGUUUUCAAACAAGCCUGUCAUAUCUGCUACCCCAAAACAGGGCCCAAGGCUGGUGAUUACACCUAUCGGGAAGGCUUGGAGCACAAGUGCAAGCGGGACAUCCUGCUGGGCAGGCUGAAGAGCUCAGAAGACAAGACCUGGAAGAGGAUCCGCCCUCGCCCAACCAAAACCAACUUUGUAGGAUCCUAUUAUCUGUGCAAAGAUAUGCUUAACAAGCAGGACUGUAAGUACGGGGAUAACUGCACCUUCGCGUACCACCAGGAAGAAAUCGACGUGUGGACAGAGGAGAGGAAGGGGACCCUCAACCGUGACCUCCUCUUUGACCCGCUAGGUGGGAUCAAGCAGAGCAGCCUCACAAUUGCCAAGCUCCUCAAGGAACAUCAGGGCAUCUUCACCUUCCUCUGUGAGAUUUGCUUUGACAGCAAACCCCGGAUUAUCAGCAAAGGGACCAAGGACACACCAUCUGUCUGCUCCAACCUUUCUGCAAAACACAUUUUCCAUGACAACAAGUGUCUGGUCCACAUUGUGCGUUCCACCUCCCUGAAAUAUUCCAAGAUCCGUCAGUUCCAGGAGCACUUCCAGUUUGACGUGUGCCGACAUGAGGUGCGCUACGGCUGCCUGCGUGAGGACAGCUGCCACUUUGCUCACAGUUUCAUUGAGCUCAAGGUCUGGCUGCUGCAGCAAUAUUCAGGAAUGACCCACGAAGAUAUCGUUCAGGAGUCUAAGAAGUACUGGCAGCAGAUGGAAGCACAUGCCAGCAAACCAGCCAACAACGUGGCUUCUCCCCGGACUCCCACAUCAAGCACCUUUGACCUCCAGAUGAAAUUUGUGUGUGGCCAAUGCUGGAGGAACGGGCAGCUGGUGGAGCCAGAUAAAGACCUCAAGUACUGUAGUGCCAAAGCCCCCCACUGUUGGACGAAGGAGCGCCGUGUCCUGCUGGUGAUGUCCAAAGCUAAGAAGAAGUGGGUGUCAGUCCGACCACUGCCUUCCAUCCGUAACUUCCCACAGCAAUAUGAUUUAUGUAUCCAUGCACAGAAUGGCAGGAAAUGUCAAUAUGUGGGCAACUGCUCCUUUGCCCACAGCCCUGAGGAGAGAGACAUGUGGACCUUCAUGAAGGAAAAUAAAAUACUAGAUAUGCAGCAGACCUACGACAUGUGGCUAAAGAAGCACAAUCCUGGGAAGCCUGGAGAGGGAACACCACUCACCUCGCGAGAAGGGGAGAAACAGAUCCAGAUGCCCACUGACUAUGCGGACAUCAUGAUGGGCUACCACUGCUGGCUCUGUGGGAAAAACAGCAACAGCAAGAAGCAAUGGCAGCAGCACAUCCAGUCGGAGAAGCACAAGGAGAAGGUCUUCACCUCAGACAGUGACUCCAGCUGCUGGAGCUACCGCUUCCCCAUGGGCGAAUUCCGGCUCUGCGAGAGGUUCCAGAAGAACAAGGCCUGUCCCGAGGGAGAGGAGUGUCGCUAUGCCCAUGGGCAGGACGAGCUGACGGAGUGGCUGGACCGGAGGGAGGUGCUGAAACAGAAACUGGCCAAAGCUCGCAAGGACAUGCUGCUCUGCCCCAGGGAUGAUGACUUUGGGAAAUACAACUUCCUAUUGCGGGAUGAUGUAUAGUGAGCUAGGGGGAAUCUGUCAGCUGCAGAAACAUGGGGUGGGUUUUCCAAGUGGCAGUAGCAGGGAGAGUGAGAUCUGUGUCUCGCAAAGAGAACUUUUUCUUUUCUUUUGUUUUAAGAUUAUGAGACGAUGAUUUAUUAGUGGUGAAUGGAUUUGUGAAUUUGAAUCUCGUUGGCCAGCGACGCCACACUCACUGAGUUUGAUCCAUCUUUUCUUCUUUUCCCCAAAUUCUCAUUCCACUUCAUCUUUUUGUUUUCACUGUCCUUCAUUCAAAGGAAUUAAUUUAGUCUAUAUUGGGCUGCAAAUCAGAGAAUUUCUCCUUGUGUCAUUCUUCUGUCUUUCAAUUCAGAGCAUGACUGCAGAGAUCCGGAGGACAAAGCUGAGAGAGAGGGACAGAAAAGUUGUGGAUGCCCCAUCCCUGGAGCAGGUUGGAUAGAGCUCUGAGCAGUGUGGUCUAGUGGAAGGUGUCCUUCUGAAUGACAGGGGGAUUGAAACUAGAUGAUCUUACAGUUCCUUCCAGCCCAGACCAUUCUAUGAUUUUAUGAAAUCUGGUGAAAAGGUGUCCUUGAAAUUCGUAUGUUCCUUUUUUCAGUGCUGCAGAGUAAGCCCCACUUACUUUGCUGCAAACCUCCUGCUCUUCUGGGAGUUUGUUAGCAGAAGAAAUAGGAAUUGUGGUGCAAAGAAGGAAAACCACUAGAUUUGGCUUAAAACAUAUAGGUUUAUGCUCCAGCUGUCUAUAUUUCCCUGAGGCAUCAACUGGUGCUGAGGAUAACAGCUGCGUGUAAUAAGGAGUGCAAGGUAAAAGCAGCAAAGUAAUGAAACCGCUUGCAGCAGUGGGAGCUGGGUUGUAGGUGACUUCAAACUUCAGCUGACUGUACUCAGAAAGCAAGUUGGUGACUUCAUUAGAUGUCUUCUGCAGUAUGUGGCAGUUAUUCAGGGCAGAUAAUGUUUUGGAUUUUUGGCUGGUGUGACUGGUGCAAGUAAAACAGAACCCAUCUAGAAGGUGUAGUGGAGUCUAUGACACACCGUGUGUCACUGAAGUCCAGUCAGCAGUAUUGGUCAGGAGGGAGGUGGUCACCAAAAGGAGCCUGUGUUUCUGUGUUGCCUUGUGUCCUGAAGAGAGAGAAGGAGGGAGGAAGGGGGGUGAUGGUGUUCUUUCUUGCUCUUUAAAUGGCAUGUGUUUCUGGUUACUUAGAGCUGUAUUUUUCCCUGCACUGCCAGAAGAACUGGGUGGGGACCCAUUUAGAAGGACACCAUUGCGCAGCAUGGGUAAUAUUUAGCUAAUGGGAAUCCAUCUGGAAGCGCUUACCAGUACCAGAGGUCCAGCCCCCUCCUCCUCAGAGCCAGGGCAGGGAGCUUGCAGAUGCACAGUGCAACCAGGGUGUGAUCCAGAGCAGGGACAGUGAGUGGCACAGCAGGACCCAGCCAUGGCCUGCUCUUGUGCUGCCUGAUGUGUGCUUUGAUGAGAUAACAGCAAUGCUGAACUCUGAGACAGAAGUUUUGCUUUUAUAAGGGGCAGCAGUGAGAAGCAGUACUGCUCUGAAUGCCAGCCUUGUCCUUUCUGGCAGUCUCAUCCUGUAAGCAGUAAAUGUGUCUCCUGACCUGAGCUUCCCUCUCCCUCUCUCUUCUGCAGUCCAGUUGUGCUCUGCAGUUUUGCAUGCAUGGAUGGCACCAUCCUCUCAAACACAAACACAUCUCCCUCCCAGCUUUCAGCAGGGAUGUCUUUUUCAUACACAGUCUUCUGGGACAGCAGUCUCAGAAGCCCUUGGGGCUGGUAGGGCUGUAUCCAUGGUAAAUACAAUCUGGCCAUGAACUGCUUGGUGCUUUGGCAUUGCUGCAUCCUCCCAUUCCUCUCUGCUCCCUUAUGCUUGGGGUUCAGAGCUUCAGGAGAGAAGCUGUGGUACCUUCUCCUGGUCAUCCUUGUGCUCAAGUGGUCAACUUUAGAGAUGGGGUGGGACAGGCAUCAACUCCUAGACAGGCAUCAGCUCCUGGGGUAUCUUGUUAUGUUCUUCUUGGGCAGAGAGGCCAAGGAAGGAAAUCUGGAUUGGGGGACACUGGAACGUGGUUUUAUAUUUACAAACCUGCAUCUCAAGUGUGACUAGCAUUCACUGAGCCAUGAUUUCUCAUGCAAUGACUUGUUUAGGUUACAGAGUUGGUCAUUGUCCCCUUUCCUACUUUCUGCAAUGAGAGCUGAGCUGUUCAAUGGGACUUCAGAGGUUCGGGCUGGGGCCAAGAUGGGGAGAGGGUGAGAGUGAGGUGAGGUGAGGUGAGGUGAGAAGAGAAGAGGUAGGCCCAUGGUCAUGGGGGUUGCUUCAAGUGUCUCUGUUUUCCCUGAUAUGAUAACCUGGUCUGUGGUGUUGCAGUACUUCGUCACCAGACUUGUUUUAGUGUGUAUAUAUGUGACCCCUCCCAUGAAGCAUAUAUACACAGGUAUUAAAUAUAUCGCUCUAUAUAAUAUUAUAUAUGUGUGUGGUAUCGAAGGAAUCUUUUAAAUGAGGAUAAAGGAAAGGACUCAGGCCAGGAAAUGCAGCAUCCCCAAUUUAAAUAUGAAGCCUUUUAUUUGGGAUAGGGAAAGGGAAAUAACAAAAGAGAGGGAGGGUUUAUAUAGAUAGGUAUAAACUUUGAGAUGGGACAGGUUUCCCUGUUCGCAUUUUUGAAACCCCUUAGGGUGUCCUUACGGUCCCAUCUCAGUGAGAGAGUAUUAUACUGCUAACUAGUGAAUAAAGUUUUAAUAUAAGGCUUUGCUUAUAUUAUUUAAAGGGACAUUGUGAAAGGCAGAAAGUUUCACACUUGACUUCCCAGACUUGCUUUAUCAAGCCAGGAGAGUUUUCUUCAGCACAUUAUGUGCUCUCAGCAAAAAUGCUCAGUGCUCACAGCUCUACAGCAGAUAAACCACAAGUUGUAGGGGCUGCUUUAGUGGUGUGUUCACAAGACCCUAUGAUAACUUCUUUAUUUAAGUGAAAGAAGAAAAUUCUACAGCACAGAACCAAAUUAGAGGGUUAUUAACAAAGGAAGUGAUGUUUUAAUUUUACAACAUUAGAAGAAAAUAACCUGUCUAUAUUUACCUGUCUAUAAAAUAACCACAGACAUUCACACAGAGCAGAAACUUACUAAAUGCUGAAGGACUUAGUGAAAAUCUUUUCACAAAUUCUUUGGUAAGGGCAGGAAUUUAGGUGACACUGGCAUUGGAGUUAACCUGGUCUUUACAGAGAGAAGUAAAAAAAAAUACCAAAAAAUACCCUACUUAGCUUGUAUGAAACUGUAUGUCAAAAAAGGAUGGGUUUUAGCAUGUGAAAGGAAAAGAUAGCAAGGGGAUGCUGCAGUUCUGAGCUGGAUAGUAAUGAUUUUGAGUCCUUUAAUAUGUCUUUGUAUUAAUAUAACUUAAGAAUACCACGCUUUACUAUUAAAAAAGAACUUAGUAUCUUUCAUAAGGUCUAGUAUCAGGAUAAAUAUGUAGAUGUUUUAACAACAUUUUUGUUUUUGUUCUUAAAUAAAUAAAGAAAAAACAAACUUGCUUCUUUUAGCCUUUGUAAUAGAAAAUAAAAGUGUGCACUUUAAACCCUC